AUGAUCAUGGCCAAGUGCAACAGCAGUGGCCUGGUGGAAGUUCUUUAUCAUUUCGAGUCGAACACGACCAGGGGCCACAUCGUCAAUGUACAGCCGGGCGAGCAGUACUACCUGGUGAAUGACGAUGACGACGACUGGUGCUACGUGACCAAGACGCCUACGGCGAGCGACGGUUUCUAUCUUCCUCGCACAUUCGUCAAGCAAGUGACCUCAACCGCUACCGGUUCGUCCAGUAACAACCGCUUCAGCUCAUCGAGCAUGUGGCGCCAGAACGCGUACGUGCCUGUACCCGUCGUCGGUCGUCGCAACCAACGGAGUGGUCAGGACUGGCUGCUACCGGCUUCGGGCAGGGUACCAACGGCGCUUGUACAUUUCAGGCCGUUGACCAGCGUCAACGGACGCUUGUCAAACAGCAUCCCUGUCAACCUCAACCUUCUUCCCCUCAUCCCCGAGGACGCAGCAGCCGCCCGCCUCCGCUUGGCUAACAACGCCAGCUGUUCGGCCGCUGUACAAGAACCGCUUUUACCCCCCGCCGUUAUUGCGACCGAUGAACCUCUGGCCAAACAGCUGCCCGAGUAUUCCCCCACCAGCAGUCUUCCGGAGUACAGUAAUGCAUUCCAACGAGCAGCGAACCAGUUUCAGGAUGUUCAGACCGAUGGUACUUCCCCAAUAUACGCCAACGUUCAAUGCUAUGUGAAUUCUUUACCGGUGAUUGAUUCGUUCGAAGAACCGAUCAGAUACCUGGACGAUGGCUGGGAAGAAAGGGUCGAUCGAAGUGGCCGACAUUUCUUCUAUCAUCCCCUGACCCACAAGUGCACGUGGAAGCCGCCAAGGUCAUCGACAUUCAUCGAGUACCCUUCGGUAACCGAAAACGCUCAACGCGAUUCUGAGGAUAAACUGAGCCUUAACAAAAGUAUCUCAGGUACUUCCACUGAUUCAGGUGUUGUUGGACUGAGUUUAGUUAAUCAACCAGGGGCUGAGACCUAUUUUGGCUUACCGGACACCUCGGCCGAACAAAACGCUGAUUCUGCUUUUGAUCUGCAAUUGAUCGGAAGUAGUUUCAUCGAUUCUUCGCUCACCGAAUGCAACGGACCAGUGGAAGUCGAAAGCACACCGGUUGCUGGGGACGUCAGCUUGCUUCGGAUUCAGUCGUAUAAUCAAAAGGGUCCGCAGAAAGCUGACAAGAUGCAGUUUUCUGAAAUGCUGCUGAACAGCGCUGGCUUCUCAGCUGAAUCACAGAAAGUUUUCAAAACCGGAACUCUCACGUACUGCAGGCUAUCAGAUAAAGGGAAGCGACUCAAAAAACACUGGUUGACACAUUACGUGUUCUUGACGCAGGCACAUCUGAUAUUUUACAAAGACAAGAAAUCAAGCGAGGUAGGUUACGAACGACGCGUCAGUGCUUGUCUGGCUCUACCUCAGUUUUGGUUGCGUGCACAGAAGAAGGAGAACCAGUACGAACCGCCGCUAAACGUCUGUGAGCUGGAUAAGUCGAGGCUGCGAUGGAUCGAGGACGAAAAGGGACGGCGGAAGCGCGUGUUUCAGCUGAGCCUCCUCGACGGCACUUCCUAUCUGUUUUGCUCCGAAAGUGAGGUCGAUAUCAUCAAGUGGUACACGGCUUUAUCAGACGCCAUCGCCAACAACCUGGUCGACGAGGUUAUCAAAUGGGAAGAAAUUCCAUUAAGGACACCGUUGUUCCGUGCUCCACAGCUUCGUCUAUUAAGGGUCGUGACGUUCGGAAUUCCAGUAGCGGAACCGGUGUUCGGCAGCAGUUUGACUGAAAUUUGCAAGCGCGAAGGCCGUACUAUCCCGAAAUUCGUCAUCCUCUGCACCCAAAUCAUCGAGCAACGUGAUCUCAAUACGGACGGUCUCUACCGGAUGAGUGGCAAUCUUUCUCAGAUCCAAAAAAUUCGGUGUCAGGUCGACCAAGAAAAAUACAGUAUUCUGGAAUUCGAAAGCGAUGUUCAUGUCCUCACUGGUGCGUUGAAGCUAUUUUUCCGCGAACUUCAAGAGCCGUUGUUUCCACAUAACUUAGUAAAAAGUUUCAUGGAUGCAAUAAAAUUGCAAGUGAUGCGCGAUCGCCUAAAGACGUUCGUUGAGGCCAUUGCCAAGCUACCUGCGGUUCAUCACGACACCCUUGACCAUCUCCUCCGGCAUCUGCUAAAGGUCGCUGAACAUUCCUCUAAGAAUCGAAUGCAGAUUCACAAUCUAGCCAUAGUUUUCGGCCCUACGUUGUUCUCCACAAAUCCAAAGGAUGAUAAAAACGACAGCCGGAAAAAGUCAUCAAAAAAACCUGCCCAUGGACGACCAGCGGCGAGCAAAGCAGGCAGUACCGUGCGUACGGAUGUUAUACAGUCAAACUCUCAUCUGGCGUUCAAUAUGAUAAUGCACGGCCAAAUCGUCGAAUACAUGUUGAGAGAACACAAGCACUUGUUCAAGAGGUAAGC